AUGGCUGUACGCGCCCGAACGAACGGCCAGUCCAGCAGCGCCGCGGCCACUGAGAAAUCCGAAAAGGAGAAUGCGGUCUUCAAUGAUGGCCACUCCGAAGAAUUCGAAUUUGGCGGCUCUCUUGGUGUCCUCGCCUUGAUGAUUGGGUUUCCUAUCCUCAUGUGGUACAUGUGGAUUGGAGCAAUCUAUUACAACGGCAAAAUCCCAUUGCCCAAGGACGGCGAGACUUUGACCGAAUUCGCGCACCAUCUAGUCAACUUGGUGUAUGAAGGUGCUUAUCCAACCGCCAAGGCCUGGGUAAUCUACUGGGUAUGGUUCGUUGUUGAGAUGCUCAUGUACUGCUUCAUGCCUGGUGUGUCCUUGCAGGGCCGUCCAUUGCCUCAUGAAAACUUCAAACGCUUACCGUACUAUUGCUCGGCCUACACCAGCUUCUACGCCACCCUGAUCAUUGUUGCCGCUCUGCAUUUUACUAAGGUUUUCCCCCUGUACACCGUUGUGGACGAGUUUGGCUCAAUCAUGACGGUGGCAAUUUUCUCUGGCUUCAUCAACAGCUUCAUUGUAUAUUUCCAAGCCAUCAUUCGCAACCGCACACAUCGCCUUACCGGAUACCCCAUCUACGACUUCUUCAUGGGCGCAGAGCUGAAUCCCCGUAUUGGUAUUCUUGACUUCAAGAUGUUUUAUGAAGUUCGCAUUCCGUGGUUCAUCUUGUUCUUCAUUUCAUGUGGCACCGCGGCAAAGCAGUAUGAGACGUAUGGAUAUGUCUCCGCAGAGGUGCUGUUUUUGGUUAUGGCUCAUUACUUGUACGUGAAUGCAUGUGCCAAGGGAGAAGAGUUGAUUACGUCUAGUUGGGACAUGUACUUUGAGAAGCUCGGAUUUAUGCUCACAUUCUGGAACAUGGCGGGCGUCCCCUUCAGCUAUUGCCACUGCGCAAUUUACCUUGCCAACCACCACCCUUCCGAAUAUCGCUGGAAUCGAUACGCUCUAGUCGGGCUAGUCGUUGUCUACCUCUUCAUGUACUGGAUGUGGGAUACAUCCAAUAGCCAGAAGAAUGGAUUCCGUCAGAUGGAGCGCCAAGGCAAGCUCACCAAGCGCAACACGUUCCCCCAACUGCCGUGGCAGAUUGUCAAGAACCCCCGUACUCUGGAGACGCAGGCUGGGGAGCGCAUCUUGGUAGAUGGAUGGUUCGGUAUCAUCAGAAAGCCAAACUAUGUACCCGACAUGUUCUUUUCAUUUUCAUGGGGCUUGAUCACGGGCUUCAAGAGUCCAUUCCCGUGGUUCUACUCGGUAUUUUUCAUGGUCAUGAUCAUUCACCGUGCCAUGAGAGACAUUGAGCGUUGCCGUCGAAAGUAUGGCGAUGCUUGGACGCAGUAUGAGAAGGAGGUCCCAUACCUCUUUAUCCCUUACAUCAUUUAA